AUGACCCUUCAUCUUCUCUUGGUGUUAUUUCUAAUUUUUCCAUCCCUUGUGCGACCUUCUGCAUUAACGACAACCGUAGCUCCAAACGAGAGGCUCUGCUUUUAUGCUGACGUUGACAAGGCCGGCGAAAAGAUAGCUUUCUACUUUGCGGUGCAAGCAGGCGGGACGUUCGACAUUGACUGGGAAAUCAUCGACCCGAAUGGCUGGUCUUUAUUGUCUGGAGAGCGAGAGCAUCAAGGGGAUUUCAUCCUAACUGCGAACCAUGUUGGCGAAUACACUUUCUGUUUCGAGAACGAUAUGUCAACAAUCACCCACAAAUUGGUUGAUUUUGACAUUAUGGUGGAAAGUGAACCCCGACGGGAAUCGCCUGCUCGUCCAGGGCAAAUCUCCGAAAAAACCAGCGCCUUGGAUGAAAGCAUCUGGCGACUAAGGGGUUCGUUGACGUCAAUAGAGCGCCAGCAACGCUACUUCCACACCCGUGAAACUCGUGGUUUCUCCGUAGUAAAAUCGACACAAAAUCGAAUCUUUUGGUAUGCAGUACUAGACUGCUGUGCAAUCAUCACAAUGGCGGUUAUUCAGAUAUAUGUCCUGCAAACAUUCUUUACCACUACGGGGAAAAAGUACAAAGUGUAG